GCACACUCGCCAUAUUUUCAAUCGUGGAGGGACUGUAUCUGGCUGCCCUGGGUUAAACGGGGACAGUAUACGAGACAGGACAAAAUAUUGAUAGAAACCAAGGGCACUUCGUUUCUCGGGCUGUUACUCUCAUCAAAAUGAACAUCUUCAGACUCACAGGAGACCUGUCUCAUUUGGCUGCCAUCAUCAUCCUGCUGAUGAAAAUAUGGAAAACCAGGUCAUGUGCAGGUAUUUCAGGCAAGAGCCAGAUCCUCUUCGCAAUUGUAUUCACCACGCGUUACCUGGACCUCCUAACCUCAUUCAUCUCUCUGUAUAACACUUGCAUGAAGGUGAUUUACAUUGGCUGUGCGUAUGCUACUGUGUACUUGAUCUACAUGAAGUUCAGAGCAACCUAUGAUGGAAACCAUGAUAGCUUCAGAGUUGAGUUCUUGGUUGUUCCUGUUGGGGGACUUGCCGUUUUGAUCAACCACGACUUCUCACUCUUGGAGAUUCUGUGGACUUUCUCCAUCUACCUGGAGUCUGUGGCCAUCCUACCCCAGCUCUUCAUGAUCAGUAAGACCGGCGAGGCAGAGACCAUCACCACACAUUAUCUGUUCUGCUUGGGCUUGUACCGAGCACUCUAUCUCUUCAACUGGAUCUGGCGUUUCUACUUUGAGGGUUUCUUUGACAUGAUUGCCAUUGUGGCUGGAGUGGUGCAGACAAUCCUUUACUGCGAUUUCUUCUACUUGUAUGUCACAAAAGUCUUAAAGGGCAAGAAGCUGAGCCUUCCAGCAUAAAAAAAAACAAGUUGAGGAGGUGACGGGACUCCCAGCAGACUCAGGGCGAGCAUGGAUGAAAUCGUGGGAUCUCGUGACCAGCAGCAGGAGGCCUGUGACAGAGCCAACUCACGGGGAAUAACACUAAAGUCUUUUGGAUGAUUUCAGAGGAACUGUUAAAUGCCAACCGCCGCCAGAGCUGAAUCAAUCUCGAUCAGCCAUUGGAUUUAUUUGUUCAGCGUCUUUGCCUUAACACUUUCAUUACUGUUGAAAUAGGAGAAAGGCUUUUUCUAUUUGCAAGGUGCUUUUUGUUGCUUUUUCCCUUGUAUUUUUUUUUUUUUAAUAUUCUCGCAAUGAAAUGCACAAAUGUACAGUUUUGGAAAAAUGAUAGAGUAAUGUAUCAGAGUGCCUGAUAAGAUUUAUGUUCAUUGUUCACUUUUUUCCAUUUGCCAUAUUAAUUGUAUGCCUAAAUUACUUCUAUAAAAUAUUUGAGGCCAACAGUAAGUUUAUAAUUAGAAAUAAAAUCCCCAAAGUGUAAUUUUUAAUGCAUUACUCAAAUUGUUUGGUGAAUAUCCAAUGAAAGAUGUAACCAAAUAAAAAUGCCAACCAUUUUGUAAUAAUCUGUAUUGUAACCGUGACCGUUUUAUGUAUUGGCAUUUAAACUGAUUUAAUGUGCCAGUUGCGUACUGCUAUGAAAACAUUUUUCAAAUCUCCUUUUUAUUAACUGAAAUAUAGUACCUAUUUCAUAUUACUAUCAAUUGUCCAACACAGUGAGACUCAAAUGUAUACAACACAUUUAAUUUGGUGUAAGAUGUAUUUAUCUACACUUGACUGUCAUGUAAUGCCUCUACUCUCAAGAAACCUUUCAUAGAAUAAUUUCAAUUCACUUUUACAGUAUUUAGUAUCCAUUGUUUUGUUGUUGUUUUUUUUGCAUGACAUCACAUUCAUUAAAGAUUUUUUUUAUCAUAGAUUGUGUGAUCACAUAUUUUUACAUUUUGGAUUUACUCACAUUAUCAAAAGAUGCUUAUUUUUUCACAUCAGGAAAGAUGGUCAGAAUGAUUUGGAAAUGUAAAGUGCUACAGGGCAUAAGUCCGUGGGAAGUAUUCCCACUUCCCAUUUCAGACAUAGAAGAAAUGCACAAGUCGCCUUGAUCACAUGCACAGUACAUAUACUGUUAAAUGGUCCAGGGCAUUUGCUAAAAGUACAGCACCCAGAAAACAAUCACAAUCAACUUUUUGUGUUUUUGGGAGAUUUAAACAGCCAACAUGUCAUACAGUAUUAAAAAAAUGUAUUU